AAGUGAACAGGAACAGACUCUGACAGAGUUGAAGAAGAGAGAAGAUGAAGAAGGCUCAGUUGGAGUUACCAGCGGGGUUCAGGUUCCACCCCACGGACGACGAGCUGGUGAACCAUUACCUGAUUCGCAGGUGCGCUUCCCAGCCCGUCUCUGUCCCCAUCAUCGCCGAGAUCGAUCUCUACAAGUUCGACCCUUGGGACCUUCCAGAAAUGGCUCUGUACGGCGAAAAAGAAUGGUACUUCUUUUCUCCGAGGGACCGCAAGUACCCCAACGGCUCACGGCCAAACCGGGCAGCCGGAAACGGGUAUUGGAAGGCGACCGGGGCUGAUAAGCCGAUCGGCCGCCCGAAGACGCUCGGCAUAAAGAAGGCCCUAGUGUUUUACGCCGGAAAAGCUCCGAGAGGAGUGAAGACCAAUUGGAUCAUGCACGAGUACCGCCUCGCCAAUGUUGAUCGAUCUGCCGGCAAGAAGAAGAACAACUCGAGGCUUGAUGAUUGGGUUUUAUGCCGAAUAUACAACAAGAAGGGCAAGAUAGAGAAGCAUUUCCCCUCCACGUACAAUAAACCGGCAGAGUUCCCCGAAAUGGAGACCAAGCCACAGAUUGUUAUGCCAGCGGCGCUGAACCCGUACUCACCUCCCCAAUAUGGGCAUUCGCCAAUGACUACGGAUCACAUGUACAUGGACUCGUCGGAGUCGAUGCCGAAGCUGCACACGGAGUCUAGCUGCUCGGAGCACGCGGUGUCCCCGGACUUGGCGCACGAGAAGGAAGUGCAGAGCGAGGCGAAGUGGGAAGAUUGGAAGAGGGUCCUCGAUUUCCAGUUCGGUUCAAUGGAUGACAUCUUGGACGACGCAUUCGCGCAAGGACAGUUUCAGUUGGAUCAGUUCUCGCCUCUUCAGGACCUGUCCAUGUACUUGCAGGAGCCAUUUUGAGCAAGUCCGUUGAGAAAACAGAAGUGGGUUUUCUUCUACGGGGGCCUGAAACAUUCCAUUCAUGUUGGUUCAGGUAGAAAUUGCAUCAUCCACUAGCAUGGUGAUCAAUCCAGACAAUCUCUGUCUUGGACUAAUGCUCAUGUGGGGCUACAGACUUAAGAGUUAGUCCUAGGAUUAUCCUGGGUUUUGCCAGAGAGAAAGAAGCAAGUGUGGUGUAUCCAAUAGCACAGUGAAAACAAUUUGCAUCACGACGGACACGGCGGAAGUGCGGCGAUCACGACGGGGCUUGGUGGUCAGUUCAGUUGGUGUUUAGAAUUGCAUUACCUCCGGUCAUGUCUUGUGAAUACCUGAUGAAAGUCUCUAGGGAAAUUAUUUGCUGUAAAAUUGUAGCAAAAUUGUUUCAAUAUUUUAUAUAGUGAAGAUUAUUCAAAUUUUCAUUA